AUGGUUGAAGAGGAUGCCCGACAACUCACUUCGGAGCAACACCACCAUAAAUCGGUUCUGAAAAAGGUUAAGGAAAAGGCCAAGAAAAUAAAAAAUACUAUAAAAAAACACGGCCACAUAGGCCACGAACACGACGAUGACGACGACGACGACGACGAUGAAGAGACGGUGAAUGAUCAUGAAGUCCAUGGUGCACCGAUUUAUGAAUCCACCGUAGUGAGGAGUGUGAAUCUGCCCAAAGAAAGCCACACCAAUUUAGAAAGCCACAUCAAUUUAGAGAAACCGACCGAUACGAGGGAGGAUAGAUACGACGAUGAUGAUGAUAAUCAAAGGAAUAAAGGAACAAACAAGCCUUUUGCUCCGGGCCGGCCGCAAACUGACCUGCCCGAAUUGCAAAGCGGUAUUAAUCCGAAUGCGGGCAUGCCAAAGACUAAAAUCGAGCAUCUAACGGGCUUAGAAGAGGACCCUAAUUCCCCCGAGAAUAGUCCUUCGGAUAAUAUUACACCCUCUAAUUACCAGUCCAAAGUUGCUCAUCCGGCAAGAUCAGGUAGUAAAGAAGCAGAAGUUGCUCCACUUGUUAGUCGGUUCGACACUUUGAAUGUUGGCGGUGAGUCGAAAACUGAACCGGAGCAAAGGUCUUCUUAUACAUGGAGCCAUGAUCAAUUUGCUCCGCAGCCAACUCCGACCAAAACACAGUUCAUUAAUCCAGAAUCUGCUAACCUGAAGAAAGAUCAAGAUCCUUCAACGAUCGCCGGAAAAAUAUCCGCCACCACUUCUGCCAUAGCCGAUAAGGCUCUGUCAGCCAAGAAUGCGGUUGCAUCGAAGCUUGGCUACGGCGGUGGUGCUGCAGAAGCCGGCAAUAAACCUGUAUCGGCAUCGGCAACGGAAUAUGCACACAUGGUUGCGGAAAAACUGACUCCGGCGUACGAGAAAGUGGCGGGCGCCGGCAAUGCUGUAAUGUCGAAAGUCGUCGGCGGCGGCGGCGGAGAUGCUGUGGGGGUGCCGGCGAAAGGAGGGGGGUCGAUAGGGGAAUAUUUGGCGGAGAAGUUGAGGCCGGGAGAUGAAGACAAGGCGCUGUCGGAGGCGAUUACAGGUGCUUUUAAGGGAGAGGGACGGCCGGCGGCCGGAAAGGUGACGGUGUCGAAGGAGGUGGCGGAUAGGCUGGGGCCGGUGGAGGAAAGCAAGAGGGAAGGGGAGGACGCGGUGGCGGCAGGGCUGGAGAGCUCCGGGCAGGGGAUGGUGGAUAGGCUGAGAGACGCCGUCGGGGUUUGGCUUGGCAAAAGCGCGGGAAUGCAGACCGCUCAGGAUUCCGUCUCCAGUUCAUACGGUCAGGUUUCGUGCUUUUUCAAUUUCAGCAUUAAUUAA